UUCUAUCUUUGUUUUACAUCUAAUGAGCAAUAAAGAUAGAAUGAUGCAACAGCGCUGAUAGCGCGCUCCACGAACGCAGCCAUAGUCAAAGAUCCGAAGGAAGCACUUGAAAGCGCGGUUUUAUGUCUCCGGUGGAUGGAAAUCCGUAAAAAGAAAAACAAGGACGAAGAGAAGAAGAGAAGUAUCAUAACACGAGACGCAAAAAACAUGGCGGAGCAGGGUGACAGAACUCAAUUGCCACCCGGUUGGGAAUGCAGAUAUGAUAUUCGCAGCGGCCGUCCAUAUUUUAUAAAUCAUUUUAAUCGUACUACAACAUGGGAAGAUCCAAGAGUGAGAUACUGGCAGUAUUCUCAGUAUGUGCAGUCUCAGAACUCCAGUUCAGCUACUACUACUACUUCCCAAGAUAUUCCUAUGCAGACUGGAGGAACUGGACAUGUAAAUUAUACAGGUGCUCACAGAGCGCCGCAAAUUUAUCCGACACCGUCCCCUUAUCAUAAUCCACAACUAGCAUUUUUACCUCCUAGUACACAGGAACUGAAAACUCCGUUGUCGCUAAAGUCCACCAGUGCGGUGACAACUCGAUUCGGUGAUUUAACUUUAGGCUCACCGACCCCAGCGACAAAAACAGAAACCAGCUUUACUCAAAAUUCGGAUUUUGAGUUGCAAGUGGCAAAAAUCAACGCUGUGUUUCCGACAGUUUCUGACACGCAUAUUCGUCUGUUACUAAAAAAAUACCAUAACAGAGCAGCUUUGGUCAUGAGUGCUCUCCAAGUGGAAAAGAAUCCUCUUUGCGCCCCGGGACCAGGCACACCUAUAGGAGUGCAUUCAAAUUAUGCAAUCCCGAGAUGGCGUCUACCGGCUCACGCUAUACAUGCAGCAUUAACAUUGAGUCCGCCUCGCGGGGUUCGGCCAGCCCCAAACUCCCCAAAAAUGAAACUUAGAUACCUGAAAAAUAUAUUUCCAAAAGUGGAUGAAACGAUACUGUUGGAUAUAUUAGAACAGAGCGACAACAAUGUACAGAAGGCAUCCGAAAAAUUGAUUAAUCUGGGGUACGAGAAACGAAAUCCUACACUUCCCGCUAAGGCUUUAGCAAAAAAAAAAGAGAAGGAACAGGCGCAAAAUCAGCAAGUUGCACCAACACCUCCUCCUCGCAUAAAAAGCUUGGAAGAAAAGAAUAAAAUGAAAACACGCUUAAUGGAAAAAUAUAAAACAGUACCGGAUCGAGUGGUAAUGCUUGCCAUGGAUAGUGUAGAUUAUGACGAAGAAAGAGCAAUACAUAUAUUAGACAUAGUAGUUGCAGAGGAAGCUACUCGACCAUUAUGUACUUCUAGUAGUCAAAGUAGCAGAAGCGACGAACGAAAAGACAGUCCGCCAAUGACGGAAGCUAUAAAAUUAACUGCUUCUCCAAUUAAAAAGACAAGUAAAGAUACAGAGACUGAAAAGUCGAAACGGUCCAAAAAUAAGACUGAGAUACCGAAAGUUUCACGUGGAACUAGUACCACAGAAGAUAAAGAAUAUAAAUCUCCGUAUUUAACAAAACCGAUUGGAUCAAACUCGGAUUUACCAAAAGGAGCAAAUAACGAUCUAUUGUUACCGGAUUACGCACCAUGGUCGGGACCGGAUCCAAAUUUGUUAUCCAAACAAUCAUUUUCAAGAUCACUUGCUGUGGGACACGACACAAGUUUACUUUCUGGAAAUCAUUGCCUCGCCAAAGGUCCACAGUCCGAAUUACGAAAAGGACCGUUGAGAGGAUUAGCCCAAGGCUCCAUUUAUUCGCAGCGAAAUGCAACUAAUACGGAGAGUCGCGGUAAAUGAAAUAUGUGCAACUGUUUUUCUUUUGAUGUUUUACAUCUUUGUUAAAUAGUGAGAUUAAUUAAAUCUUAAUUUAAUAGGGAACAAUUACAAUUUUAUCCUUAUGAAUUUUUAAUUUAUUUCAUUUUUUUUGGAAAAAUAUUUGUUCCACUAUAUUACUCGUAUAUGUUACUUUGUACAACACUGAUUUUUUUUUUAAUUUUUAUGUUAUAUAACAUGACAAAGAUUAUAUUUUGUUACUAAUUUAUAUAUA